UUUUCUCAAACCAAAGUGAACCUUAUUUCUUCAAAAACUCUUCCUACAACCAAACACAGUGUUUGUCUCGUAUGCCGGAGACAGACAUAUCCCGACGACUCCGAACCUCAGCCCCCACCCGCGGCCAUGGCCACCACUUUAAAUCCACCAAUUGGGUUGCGCUUCCUCAAACCACCACCACCUCCGCCGUCACCACUUUCCACCGCUCCACCACCGUUCAAGUUCCCACCACCGCUUCCUCUUCUCAGAAUCAACUGCGCUCACUCCUCAUUUGAAGUUAGAGAUGUUAGCUAUCAAGCUCCGGGGACUCAGCUCAAGCUUCUGAAUUCAGUGACUUUUUCACUUCCUGAGAAAAGUUUUGGUCUGAUUUUCGGACAGAGUGGAAGCGGGAAAACAACUCUCUUGCAGCUUCUUGCUGGUAUAAACAAACCGACAUCUGGAUCUAUUUACAUCCAAAAUUAUGGGGAUGAUGGAAGUCCUAGUCAGUCUCAAGAGCCCUUGGUGCCAGAAAGGGUUGGCAUUGUCUUCCAGUUUCCCGAGAGGUAUUUUGUGGCUGAUAAUGUACUUGAUGAAGUCACUUUUGGGUGGCCAAGGCAAAAGGGUGGCCAUCAAUUGAGGGAGAAUCUUGCUCUAGGGCUACAGAGGGCAAUUAACUGGGUUGGAUUAAGUGGGAUAUCGUUGGAUAAAAAUCCUCAGUCGCUCAGUGGUGGUUACAAACGUCGUCUUGCCUUGGCAAUACAAUUAGUUCAAGUCCCCGAUCUAUUGAUAUUGGAUGAGCCUCUUGCUGGACUUGAUUGGAAAGCACGUGCAGAUGUUGUGAAGCUUUUGAAGCAUCUAAAAAAAGAAUUAACUGUGCUAGUUGUCAGCCAUGAUUUGAGAGAGUUUGCAAGUCUAGUCGAUCGAUCGUGGAGGAUGGAAAUGGGUGGCAACCUUAGAGAGGAGUUUCUACCUUUAUAAUUUAUAAUUAUUUCCUUGUUAAUCAGCAUUGCGCACGAGGUCUGAACCUUUAUCUUCCAGUGCUUGAUGUAUUUUCGACUGCACUUUCGAUACUUGACAGGAAAAUUUUUAAAAGGAAAAAGAUUGUAGCUCUGCUUUACUAAUUGUUAGAAAUAUAAUGUAUUCUCAUAUUAUCACCCUACAACUUAAGUUUUUGGGACAUUUGAUCCUUCAAAUGAUCUCAAGAAUUCUAUGACCAAGUGAUCAGGACUUGGGAGUUCAAUCCUCCCAAUUUCGUAAUUAAAUUACAAAUUCUCAAUAUGCCUAUGGUGUGAUUAUGCUUUGCCCGUGCUUCAAGCUAGAGUUUGAGUUAGGUAAUUUUAGAAAUAUAAUUAUCUAGUAAUACGCAUAUAAGAAUCUUAGUGUACGUGUGAUCUCUAAAAGGCUUAACAUCUGAAUAGUAGAUUAUGCGUUUUUCUAUUUUGAUCAGUCAUCUAUACAAUCAUUUGGUCUAUCAGAGGGUUACUUGCAUGCCUUCUUAAAACCUAGUGAGGAGAGGAUUUGCUAACAAAUCCUGGAAAUCCAUUCUGAUGCAUAUAUUUUGUUGUAGGCUAUUUUGUUCAUUUUCAUCUGUCUUCUCUUCUAUGAUGCAUUUAAAAGUGGCAGUAUUGAUACAUUCAUGUCCCAAGUUUGACUGCAGAGCACUGAUAUUCACAACUCAUGUGAUGCAAGAAUGAUUAUCAAGAAUUCAAAAGAAAAAUAGUAAAAUCGACCAAAACAUGUCUACUUAUUUGGAAUCUUUCAUAAAAAUCACAGCUUUAUUGAAUGCAUUAUUAGUUUCCACUCAAAAGUACAUUCAAAACACGACCAUCGUAUAAAAUAUUACUUUUUACAAGUCUCUUAUGGAGGCUCAAUUUAUUGCAACUUUCAUACAGCUUAUAUUGUUACAGCUCCAGCACCAAAUCUACAAUACCAACAAUUAUAAGUGAGUCAGCAAUACAGUAUGAUUUAAUCAUAAAGCAAUCCUGCAUAUAUAAUGGUGCUCCAUAAUAUAUUAGUUUGUAUUGACAUCAAGAAGACUUCUAAGGUUUUUUUUAGUUUGAGAUUUGUUUUGGGUUACAUAUUAUAUGACAUUCAAUGUUUGUCAAGUUGAUUUAUGUUUAAAGGGAAAUAUAUUUCUCAAAACAUUUGCUGAUAGGUGUUUGGGUAUUUUCUUUUGUAAGGUCAGUGUUAGGAAGUGGGAAAGAGGAGAUAGGCUUGAACCUCUUGAUCCUUAAUUCCCUACAAGUAUCAAGUAAAAGAUGUUAUAACAUAAUUUAUUUCUGUUAAGUAAAUAAUUAUAGGGUUAUAGGAACUGGAAUUAAUGCAGAAAAACUUUCUAAGUAACAAUAAUACUACUCAGUAUUAUUAUGCUUUCAUUGGAAAGACAGAAAAUUGGACAGAAAACGGAAACAGGUAAUUUCAAAUUUUUAAUCCUUACUACCUCUUUAAUCCUAAUUCACAUAUCCUUUUCUCUUCCACCAUUGAACAAUUCUCCUCUCCAAUAUUUUGCUGGGACAUGAACGAUCUGUUAUACCUUUCCUACAAAUAUUCCAGCUUAUUCCUCGUGAUAAAAAUUGGGGAAUGAACUCUAAAAGACCUCAGGUAUGUCAAAUAUUAAUUAUUAAAACAAAUUGUAUUUAUUAUAUUCUUUUUAUUAGUCUUCUCUUAUGUCAUUUUGUUUAUAAAUUUUAUAUAUUAUUAAUCAUUUACCCGAUUAAUAUUAUUUAUAUUAAUACAAAAGUAUUUCUGUAUAAAAUAGUAGAGACAAAGAAAUAACAAUGCAUGGACUAUAAUUAAAUGCUGAUGGAAAAUGUUUAUCAAACUUGUGUGUGAAUUGCAUUCUAGAGCUAUGUAGUACUUACACUCUGUAUCUGUCUUGAUCCAGUGCUCAUUAUUUCCAGUUGAACUGCUGCAACUUAGCCCAUGUUGCGGUGGGUUCCAAUUGGUCUUACAGUCUUGAGACCACUUUCCUGAUUUGGCAUCUGAAUCAAAUCUUCUGCCAAAUUCUGGGUUUGCGGGGUCUCCAUUAUCAUAUUCUUGGAAGCAGUCUUGAGGAGUAUUUUUGAUCUUACCUUUAUGGGAUUUGACAUGGUUUUUUUCAUCUAUGGUGUUUACAGGAUGAACUUUUCUGUGAAACAUACGUAGAACCUGCAUAUCCAGAUGAAUGAACCAAAUAAUUUAGUACAAUGUGAUGGUUUUAUUUAAUAUAUAGUCAAAGACAUUCAUCAUUCAUGUCGAAAUUGUGGUUUUAUUUUGAUAGCUAAACUUAUUCUGGAAGAUACUGAUUGCUGACUGGCCAGACCUGGUGAUUGGCACAUUACCUUAUUUUUAUCAUAGUUACAUUUUGUUGUAAACCUUACAGGAAUCCCUUCUGAUAAUCGCCUUAAGCCUUCUUUACAAGUUCUAAAUAUUGAUAUGCUGAUUUUCUUUUGGUUCUCCUACAUGUAGUGUGUUUUACUUAAUUCUCAAUGAACACAAUCAAGCAAUAAAUUUAUGUUGUUGUCUUAUUGAUAGUUCUUGGCUGAUCUAUCUGAGAAUUAAAUGAUUCCCAGUUUCACAUUUCUCAUUAUAUUUCUAGUAACUCAGAAAUAAACAUGCAUUCGAAUUUUGGCUAUAUUUUCUGAAGUCACAGGCAAUAGUCAAAGAUGAAAGUGAUAGGAACAUAUACCAUGGGAUUUGUUGAGAAAUACGGUAAAAGAAGAUCUAUAGUAACAUAUACCAACCUUAGGGAGCUUUUUAUUGGUUGAAGCAGAAUCAACAUCAUUCCCUGAAGUCUUACAGCCUUUUGAAGAACUGUGGACCAUUUUGAACAUCUUUUUCAUGAUAUGCAUGGCUGACUUAUGUGUUUCCUUGACAUGAUGCGUCUCUUUUGCUCCUGUCUCCUUACAUUCUUGAUUUGUUGUCUUUGUCCUAUGAAAUAGCUCAGCAAGUGAUGCCCUUUCUUUCCUCACUUCUGUUGUCUCUGCUAAUUCAAAUGAUGACCCCAAUAAAUAUCCUUGCAACGGACAUACAUCUCUGUUUCCAUAAUCUUCUGCUUCGGGUGCAUCUAUUUGCUUCCCACUAAGUGUGAUAUUGCUAAGACGGCUGUUUCUUCCUGAUGAUUCAUAGAAGCUUUCUUCUUUUUCAUCCUCAAGGAAUUUCUCGAGCUCGUAGCUUAUGAGCUUCAGUUCAUGCUCUGUUUCUUCCGAAGGCGUGGCAAAUGUUGGUGUUCCUGGCUCAUUGGUGAUUGUUUCUGCACCAAGAGUUCCAAUUGUCAGAAAGCCUUCAAAGAGCUCAGAGAUGACUGCAGGUGUGUCUUCUUGGGACUUGUCUUCUCUGUUGUCAUCAAACUCAUAAUAAGAUGUUUGGCCCUCCUGAUGGUGUGGCUUUAAGAAACUCGGUGGAUUGAUUGAACUGAAGCUUGGCUUUGUCUCAGAGUAUUGGUUGUCUAGUGUUGGCUGCGCUGUGAGACAAGCACAAGGGUUUCCUGAAAUGGCAGAAAGAAAUUACUAAAUUGGUGAUAUUAGCAACUAAAGAUAGAUCUACAGUCCACAUAACAUAGUGAAACAUAUAUUUCUUGUGUUGCUCUCAAUAAACCUUUGAAAUAGGAUUGCACAAUAAAAGAAGGGAACAAAAAAGAAAAUAAUUCGAUGAGUUAAUUGUGGAUAAGAGGCUGAGAGUGAUUAAGUUAAAUUUUUUCGGCUGUAAGUUUGUGGUUGUAACCAACCUAUUUAUGUGAGAUGCAGAUGCAAGAAUUAUAGAGGUCCUAAUAGGUCCUGAUCUGAUUAACAAACCUAAUAUGCAAAACACCUAUUUUUUACAAUAGCCAGAGUCAUGUAACAUUUUUGUUAGAUUAGUUUUCACAGCCACAGGUACUGGUGCACCUCAGAAUAAUCAAUGAUACAUAUUUUGUUAUUGCAUUUAUGGACAAUGACCACUCAGUCAGACAAUUAAACGUUGUCAAGAUGUGCCUCAUGACAGUUUAGCCUCCAAUGAAUGCCGUAAAGACCAUUUACAUUGCCAACCUUCCUAGAAAAAGAAGAAAGAAAGCAAGAAAAGUUUGCAGGAUAGGAGAUAAGGAUAAUAAGAACGCAGUUCAAUACCAAGUGUGAACUCCUUGAGAGGAUCAUUACUAUUCUGCUGAAGUUUUCGAUGCACCCACUGAAAUAACUGCAAGAAAUAAAGGUAUCGAUGAAGCUGAAGGACUAAGAAAAUUUUCAUUCUAAAUUGGCUGAGUUAUGACUUACCUUCAUUUUGAUCUUUUUUCUUGAUUUGAUAACCAAGGAUUUCUUAGUUUACAGAGUUUGCUGGUAGAUAUAUAUGUGCAAGGAAAAGGGUCUCCAGGAUUGGGAGGCUAUAAAGUGAAAAAACACAGAUCUUUUCUUUGUGACUCAUGAGUUGGAAGUUGGUAGGUGCUUGAAGGGUCUCAGAUAGCUGUGUGCAUAGAGAAAAACAAUUAGAUAGUUACAACAAUGUGGUUGGCUUUUCAUUUCAAAAUCUAAUCAUGUGGGUAAAUUGGGCGUGGAUUGCGUACCAACUAUUUGCUAUUUGUCUAUAUUUUUGUCUUUGUAUGAACUUUCAUGAAAUUAGAUAACACAUGUAUUAAAUCCAUAACCUUUGAUCUAAGUUAUGCCAACGGUGCAUUAAGAGGCCCAAGCACUGUCAAUUUUGAAAGAUGAUGUAUGAAUAUCAAUUGUUAAACCACUGUCACUGCUGAGCAGGAAAUUAUAUAUCUAUUCAAUGGACCCGUUUAUGAUUGGAGGGCAUCUCCUAAGAAAAGCACUAGAUAAGCUCCUACAAGUGCUCUUUGGUCUUCAUCCAAACAGUAGGAGCUGCAACAAACACCGCUUAAGGAUCAAACCUUUUCCGUCAUUAUCACAACUAGAUACUUAGACCAAUGCCCAUUGAGCUGCAAGCUCCUUAGCUGUAAUUAUGAUAAUUUUGUUUUCCGUUGAGGGUCGCCAUUGGUGCAACGGUAAGGUUAUUUGCUGCUCUGUGACUUUGCUUCGAACCGGGGAAUCAACCUUUUGCAAAAAUGCAAGGUAUGGCUGCCUACAUUUAAUCGACAAAGUUGGCCCGACUCCUCUCUGGGCCUUGUGCAUAGUGGGAGCUUUAUAAACUCUCACGUUUGUGGUAACUAUUAGCUAAAACUGCAGUUUUACACUAGGGAAUGGUAAAAGAUCCUCUCAAUUGAUAGGAAAAAAAACUUUACCAUGUCAAGUUUCACCCUUUAAUAAUUGUUUUUAUGUUUAAUUAAUAUUAAAUAAAUAAAAGAUAAUUAAAUCAAUGAUUAGAUGGUGAAAUUUGACAUGGUCAAGUUUUUAUACAAUUGAGAGGAUCCUGAUCCAUUGGGAAUAAGGUCAUAGAAGGGAAGUUAUCAUGUUAAGCCCUCAACCAGCACUUCGGUUAUUACUUGAUAUCUUUGCAUCCUUCCAAAUAUAAGGAGCAAUUCUCUUAUUAGUGCUAUAAUGCUACCAAUACUUCAAGCUUAGGAUUAUAUAUCAGCCAUCUUUCUUUGUUAUUAUGCCUUCUGAACUACCUUUAUUGACGUAGUGGAGAUUGCAGAGAUAAUAUCUGUUGCUGUUUCUGAGAAAUCAACAUUAUGCAAAAAAAGCGAUGGACCAAGUUGCACACGUGCAAACUGUUGUGAAGCCAUUUCCCAGUUGUAGAACAUACAUCAAUGU